GCCGAGGAGCCGGACACAUCACAAACACACAUACACACACACACACACACACACACACACACAUAUAUAUAUAUAUACACAUACAUCCUUCGGACAAGAGUCAACAAAGUAUCGCACCUGCCAAGGGCCGCCCUCCUCCACCCCCGACCCUGCAGUCGAUGCUUCGUCGUCCCAGACAGGGCCAUGCUCCCAAGCAAGGACGCCGGCGUCGAAAGGCGGCCGUCCGGCUCCGACGCCCUGCCCCCGCCGCCGCCCCGGGACCGUGUGGGUGAAGCCGACGACAAGGAGGUCCACCACAUCCAAGCCCAUGUCCGCGACGGCCACGACGACGACGACGACGACGACGGCCGUCCCCGCGAUGCCUCCUCCCAUCUGCAUCCCGAGCGGACCCUAUCCAACGUCGACGUCCCCGUGGUGCCGCCGCCUCCCAUCCUCAACGACGGUGGCAAUGGCGACGGCGGCGACGACGACGAGUUCAAGCCCCCAGGCGGUCCCCUCCGGGCCUGGAUGCAGGUCUUCGCCGCCCACCUCAUCAACACCAUGACCUGGGGCUACGCCGGCACCUUUGGCGUCUACCAGCUGCACUACACGCAGAGCCUCGGCCUGCCCGCCGCCCAGGUCUCGUGGAUCGGCUCCGUCCAGGUCUUCCUGACCUUUGCCGUGUGCGCGCCCUCGGGCCGCCUCGUCGACGCCGGCUACGCGCGCGAGGCCGCCGCCGCCGGCUGCUUCCUCGCCGUCCUCGGCACCUUCAUGACCAGCCUCGCCACCACCUACUGGCACAUCUUCCUCGCUCAGGGCGUCUGCACCGGGCUCGGGCUCGGCGUCGCCUUCAUGCCCGCCUUGGCCGUCACGAGUUCCUACUUCCGCAAGAAUCGCGCCUUUGCCCUGUCCGUCUCCACGGCCGGCACCUCCGUCGGCAGCGUCGUCUUCCCGGCCACGGUCCAGUAUCUCACUCCCCAGGUCGGCUUCCCCUGGGCCGUCCGCUGCGCCGCCUUCAUCGCCCUCGUCAACUCCGUCGCCGCCUGCCUCAUGCUCAGGCCUUAUCUGCCCCCGCGCAAGGCUGGCCCCUGGGUUGAGUGGACCGCCUUCCGGGAGCUGCCGUAUCUGCUCUUCGCCCUCGCUUCCUUUCUCAACUUUUACGCCAUAUACACGGGCCUGUUCUUUAUCAACAGCUUCGCUCGCAACAUCAUCGGCUUCUCGACGACCGAGUCGGUCGGCCUCUUGCUCAUAGUCAAUGCGCUCGGUAUCCCUACGCGGCCCUUUGUCGGCUACCUCGCGAGCAGUCACUUCGGCCCCAUCAACACCUACUGCGUCGCCACCUUUUUCGUCGGCGUCGGCUUCUUCAGCUGGGUCGGCGUGACGACGCGCGCCGGCAUGUAUGCCUUCUCCGUCUUUUGGGGCAUUGCCAUUAGCGCCAACCAAGGCACCUUUGUGGGCGCCCUCGCAAGCCUGACCAAGGAUCCGCGCAAGAUGGGCACGCGCUUUGGCAUGAUCGAAACCCUCAGCUCCUUCGCCACCGUCGCCGGGCCCCCGACGGCUGGCGCGCUCAUCGAUCGUUCCGGGGGAACCCACCUCGCGGCCCAGAUUUGGGCCGGCGUCUUCAUGACUGCUGCGUCGGGCGUCUUUCUCAGCUCGCGGAUUGCCGCGUCCGGAUGGAGAUGGAAGGUUAAGAUCUGA